AUGGCCGCCUCCACCCUGUCCGUCUGCUCCAGCGACCUGAGCUACGGUGGCCGCGUCUGCCUGCCCGGCUCCGGCGACUCCUGCCCCGACCCCUCCUGGCAGGUGGACGACUGUCCCGAGAGCUACUGCGAGCCCCCCUGCUGCGCCCCAGCCUCCUGCCUGACCCUCCUCUGCACCCCUGCGAGCUGCGGGUCCAGCCCCUGCCCACCAGCCUGCCCCGGCUCCUGCCAGCCCUCGUGCGGCAGCUGCUCCCCCUGCCAGGAGGGCUGCGGUGUGUCUGUCUGCUGCAAGCCCGUGUGCUGCACCCCCGUCUGCUGCAAGCCCGUGUGCUGCACCCCCGUCUGCUGCAAGCCCGUCUGCUGCACCCCUGUCUGCUGCAAGCCCGUGUGCUGUGAGGCAUCCCCUUGCUCAGCCUCCCCCUGCUGCCAGCAAUCUAGCUGCCAGCCCUCCUGCUGCAGCUCCUCCCCCUGCCAGGAAGACAGCUGUGUGUCUGUCUGCUGCAAGCCUGUCUGCUGCACCCCCGUGUGCUGCAAGCCCAUGUGCUGCACCCCUGUCUGCUGCACCCCCGUCUGCUGCAAACCCGUCUGCUGCCAGGCCUCCCCCUGCUGCCAGCCCAACCCCUGCAGACCCUCCUCCUGCGUGUCCCUCCUCUGCCGCCCAGUGUGCAGGCCUGCCUGCUAUGCCCCCUCCUCCCCCUGCCAGCCCAGCUUCUGCCCCCAGGCCUCCAGUGUGUCCCUGCUGUGCCGUCCCGGGUGCUCCUGCUGA